CUAUAUUACUCUCGGCCGCCGCUCGCAGUCGCCGCCAGCCUCCGCGCAGCUCCGCCUCGACGCAGCAACUCAGAUCUGACCAAUCCUCGUUAUCGCGACCGCUGAGCUUCGAUCGUCAACACGCUAGUCGUGUACACUAGGCUCCAUCUAACGAUGAAGAUAGCGGUGGAAGGAUGCUUGCACGGGGAGUUGGAUAAGGUUUACGCCACGAUUCAGCAUAUCGAGCAGGUGGAGAACACGAAGAUUGACCUUCUUCUUUGUUGCGGCGACUUUCAGGCAGUCAGAAAUGAAAAUGAUCUUGAAAGCUUAAGUUGCCCACCGAAGUAUCGAAGUAUGAAUUCAUUUUGGAAGUAUUAUUCUGGGCAAGCAGUAGCUCCAGUCCCAACUAUAUUCAUUGGUGGGAACCAUGAAGCAUCAAAUUACUUAUGGGAAUUAUAUUAUGGUGGAUGGGCUGCACCUAAUAUUUAUUUCUUGGGCUACUCUGGUGUAAUCAAGUUUGGCAACAUAAGAAUCGGUGGACUCUCUGGGAUUUAUAAGUCUGGACAUUAUCAUCUAGGACAUUUUGAGAGACCUCCAUAUACUGAUAGGGAUCUUCGGUCUGUGUAUCAUAUUCGUGAAUAUGAUGUAAUGAAGCUCAAGCAAAUUAAGGACCCAAUAGAUGUUUUCAUGUCGCAUGAUUGGCCUGUUGGUAUUUAUGAAUAUGGAAACUCAAAGCGUCUUGUUCAACACAAACCAUUUUUUAAAGAAGAGAUCGAGAAGAGAACUCUUGGUAGUAUGCCUGCUGCAGAGCUGCUGAGCCAACUGAAGCCUCAGUAUUGGUUUUCAGCUCAUCUUCACUGCAAAUUUUCAGCUGUUGUUAAGCACAAGGAGGAUGAUUCUAUAACAAAGUUCCUAGCCCUUGACAAAUGCCUUCCAGGUCGGAGUUUUUUACAGAUUAUUGAUAUCAACUCUAACUCAGGACCUCAUGAAAUUCACUAUGAUGAUGAAUGGCUGGCGAUAACAAGAAAAUUUAAUAGUGUCUUUCCAUUGAGCAGAAAAUCUAUUCGCUUUAGGUCUGAACAGUAUGACAAACAAAUCUAUUGUGAGUGGGUGAGAAAUAAACUAAAUGCCAGAGGAGCCAGACCAUUUGAUUUUGUGCAGACUGUUGCACCUUUUCACCCUUCUCAGCCAUUCAACAACAGAUCAACUACAGGACAUUGUCGGAACCCCCAGACAGAGUCAUUGUUGGAGUUUUUAGAGCUCCCUUAUCUUCUUGAUACUGCUGUAGAGACCAAUACACCAACUCAAAAUAAAAAUACUGUUGAUUCUAGAGAUUCUUGGAAUCAAUAUCAGGACGAUGGUAAAUCUGCUGGAGAUGAGAAUAUUAUUGAGCUCGAUGAAGUUGAAGAUGAAGAUGAAGAUGACGAAGAUGUAUGACAUCACAAGUUGCUAUUAGCUCCUGUUGCCAUUAGCUGGCUUUUUCUCCGUGUAAAAUAUCACUAAGCAUGUUUAUACUCUUGAUGAUUGUAUCUAUAGAUUUGCACUGUGGAAAUUACAGAAGCUUCUCUAGCUUGUUUUGUAAAGAUGCCUAAUCGUUUAAGGACGAAUUGAAACACUCUAAUUUUUACCUUUGAUAUUGGUUUAGAUUCAGUAGAUGACUUGUAAAGGGAUAAUUAUCUAUCGCAAGGACAGAAAUUUGUGUUA